CAGCUUUAUUUGCUCGUUUUCUAAAUUUUAAUCAGUUACAAGUCGUUUUUGACCAAAACAGUUUUUUUCCUCUCUUUCCUUUGUUUUUCUCCUCCCUCAAUGUCGUUGAGACUAUCGAAUUGAAUCUCUCUCUCUCUCUCUACCUAAUUCACUCUCUUUCUAAAAUCCGCUGAAUUCGAAUUCUCUCUGCUUCGCUUUGUGAAUCUUUCACUGUAAUUAGGGUUUUGAGGAAAAUGAAGUCCAAACUGAGAGGAUUUAGACUCAGAAGAAGCGAACCGAAGGACAAAAUUGACUUCUUACCUCCUGCUCAGUUAGAUGAGCUCGCUCAAGCUGCUCAGGAUAUGAAAGACAUGAAGAAUUGCUAUGAUAGUUUACUUUCUGCAGCUGCAGCAACAGCAAACAGUGCAUAUGAAUUCUCAGAGUCAUUGCGGGAAAUGGGUUCAUGUCUGUCGGAGAAAACAGCAUUACAUGAUGAUGAAGGAAGUGGUAGGGUUUUGCUAAUGUUGGGGAAAGUGCAGUUUGAACUUCAAAAACUUCUUGAUAGUUAUCGGUCUCAUAUAUUCCUGACGAUUACAAAUCCAUCAGAAUCCUUGCUCAAUGAACUUCGGACAGUUGAGGAUAUGAAGCGACAAUGUGAUGAAAAAAGAAAUGUCUAUGAAUACAUGGUGGCACAACAGAAGGACAAAGGAAGGUCAAAAGGUGGGAAGGAUGAAAGUAUUACUUUGCAGCAAUUGCAAACAGCUCGUGAAGAAUAUGACGAAGAGGCAACCUUGUGUGUUUUUCGGUUGAAAUCUCUGAAACAGGGACAGUCUCGAAGUCUUCUAACACAGGCAGCUCGUCAUCACGCUGCUCAGUUGAAUUUCUUUCAGAAGGGACUUAAAUCACUUGAGACAGUUGAGCCACAUGUUAGACUGGUUACAGAACAUCAACACAUUGACUACCAUUUCAGUGGGCUUGAAAGUGAUGGUAGAGAAGACGGCGAGGAUGAUGGCGAGGAUGGCGGUGAUACAAAUGAACGCAGGGAACUGAGUUUUGAUUACAGAGAAAAUAAUCAGGGGAAUGCUGUUGUUUCUGCAGCAAGGGGUUCUAUGGAGGUGGAUGAAGAGGACCUUUCAUUCCAAGUUCCAGCAGCAGAAAAUGUAGAGUUAAACCCAGACAAAAACCAUGGUGGUUUCCAGUUCCCAAGCAGAGAACCAAGAGGAGGCAGCCAUUCAGCACCAAUAGUUCCAGAAAGAAAACCUGAUCCAGUUGAAAGAAUAAGACAAAUGCAGCAAGCAUCAAGGAAGUCCAACACAUAUGUGCUGCCCACACCUAUUGAUGCAAAGGGUGCAAUCUCUUCAAGAACAAGUUGUUCAGUUCCCAACACAAGGCAAACAGACAUCAGUGGACGCGCUCACAAUUUGUGGCAUUCUUCCCCAUUGGAACAGAAGAAGAAUGAGAAAGAUUCUGGUGAUGGUCACCUGUCAGAUUUCACUGCUUUAAAAGCACGCUCAGGACAUAAAGAGAGCAACAAUCCUAAUGCCUCCACCCAAUUACCCCCACCUUUAGUUGGUGGAAUCUCAUAUCCGCAGCUUGAUGUACACAAUGCAUCCGAUUACAAAAAAAAUAAAUGGCAAUCCUUCUCUGGUCCAAUAACCAGUAAGCCAUGGUCAAUGAAGCCUUUAUCAUCCAGUGGUCCCAUUUCCUCAACUGAACUUUCACAACAAGUUUCUGGAAUGCUAUCUCGUGGGGCAAAUCCUCAACCUUCUUCAUCCCCCAAAGUAUCCCCAAGUACAUCACCUCCUCUUGUUUCUUCACCCAAGAUAAGUGAGCUUCAUGAACUUCCAAGGCCACCAGGUAAUUUAGCUGCCAAAGCUGCAAAACCUUCAGUGCUGAUUGGACACUCUGCUCCAUUGUCGAGAAAUCCCGAGCUUGCUGGAACAAGCAAGAUUUCUACAGGGGCAGCAAAUUUGGCAUCACCUCUUCCUCCCCCACCCUUGAUAGUCCCACGUAGUUUCUCAAUACCCUCGAGUAGUCAGAGAGCCAUGACAGUGCACGUUUCUAAGCUUUUGGAUUCUUCUCAAGUAUCAUAUAAACCUGGGGAAGUCGAUUCUCCUCCAUUAACACCCAUGUCCCUCGCAAAUAUGAGGCCAGCACCUGCCAUUUCUGAACCAGUACCGCAUUCUGGUCAAAUUAGAGGUGGGAGCUGAUAAUUUGUUAUGCACACUAGCUGAAAAACUUCGAUUUUUUGGAGUUCUCCUGACUAUUUUUUGGAUAUCGUCAUCUACAAGCUCUGGGUACUGUAAAUAUAAUUACUCUAUGCAUUGUUUAGUUUCUCAUCCCAAUUUCUGUUCAUCGUGUGAUUUAUAAUGAUGAGAACUAAGCUCUUCAUAAUUGUGCCAUCAUUACACAUCUUGUAUAUCUUCCAGUCGAGCAAUUUUAUUUUUUAUUUUUUCUUUUCUUU